AUGGGGAACGUCUUCAGCACCAGUAGCACGAGCGACACCAGCUCAACUAAGCUUGAUCAGUCGCCGCCGCCCUCCGUGAGGAAUCCCGAUGAGAAACAGAACUCGAUGUCAGACACGACGAUGUCUUCCUCUCAGGACAGCGACGACAGCAACGAUAUCAUCUCUGGCCAACGCAGGCGAAGAGAGAGCUCCGAGAACUCAGCAAGGUCCCCGGAUACGACGUCUAUGCAGCACACCAAUGGCGCGAAGGGUAUGAAGAACCCUGCUACAUUGCCACUGUCAUUCACGAACGGCGUGCUCACCUGGUUCAUGUCUUGCGCAGGCCGCCCUACCAACACAAGCUACGCAGAUGACCAGUUGGACUACGACGAGCGUUACUUGAUCGAGCAGAAACAUCGAGCUUUUUGGGAGCUGGUGCAGCGGAUCCUGGAGCUCAACGACGUGGUGCUUAUGAUUCGCCUGCUGCUCGACUUUUUGCAGGACGAUCUCGGUGCGGCAGCGGCUGCAGUCUUCCUGGUCGAUCAGAAUUCGCAGAAUAUGUCCCGCAUCACGCGUGGCACACCGACUCAGUCCGGUUUGGCCCCGUCUCGAGGACUAGUGGGCGAGGCGUUGAAGUCGCGGGUAGCACAGAUUUUAGUACACUUUAGUUCGGAAGAAGGAUACGACCCAGAUGUGGAUUUGACUCAGGAAUAUCCAGGACAGAAACUAUUCUGCGUGCCAUUGAUGGAGCACGAGUCGGUGUAUGCGAUCAUCGAGGCCACCGCUGCUCAAUCUACGCGACGUGUGAUGGACGCGCUCCACGUGAAGCUAUUGACGUGGCUCGGACCGAUUCUGAGCUCGUGUAUGCGGAAGUGUAUUGAGUUUCACGACGUGCUGCUUUCGGAGCGCACGCAGAAGGCUCUACUGCAUAUUAUUAGCUCGUCGGACACUGAGGAUACGGUGUUAAAUCUCGUGGACGGUGUGAUCGAUGGAGCUUGUCAUAUCACGAAGGCUGAGCGUGUCACGUUGUUCAUGGUUGACUGGGAGACAGACGAACUUUGGUCCUUGUCGUCCAGCUACUGCGACGAGACCCUACGAGUUCCUCUCCAAGCGAGCAUGUUAGGUCUAGCUGCCACAACGCAGCAGACGCUCAAUGUCCGAAACCCAAAGACAGAUCGACGUUAUAACUGGGUGACAGACGAGCGUAAAGGUGUUGACACGCGCUGCGUACUGUACGUCCCAGUGGGUGUUCAAGAAUCUGCACAGAAUGCAGAAGGGAGCUCUGCUGGUAGUAGUCGACCCAUCGGUGUGCUGGAGAUCAUUAACAAGGUGGAGGAAGAAGUGCCAGCUGGGAUGACUACAGGAAGCUGCCCAGGAUUUACUUUUGAUGAUGAAUGUGCUCUGGAAGCGUUCGCAUGCGAAGUCGCAGUCAUCCUACGUCGACGCAGUAACGAAAUUGAGUACAUCAAGUUGCUGGCGGACACGCGGGCUGAGCAGGUUCUGGCGAAGCGAGCUCGAAGUCAAGUAAAUCUUUUGGAGUGCUACACAAGCUACGCAUCUGCAUCUCGCGCUCAUCCUGAAGCUUGUCUUCGCAAUUCGUUCGUAUCCAGUGAUCGACACGUGGCAGAUUGCCCCGAGUGCGCAGCUGCUGCUAAGUUAGAGGCUCGCGGCAAGCGGCCGACUGAAACUUCUCUCGACGUUGCUACGGAAGAGGUGAGCGAUCACGUACACCCCGAGGAUAUUGUAGAGCAACGUAUUGGUAAGAUGGUUGGAAGCAAGAACUACAAUUCUGGACGCUUGGGCUACGAAUUUUUGGGGAGCGAUGCCAGUAUUCCGUCCGGCUUGCUGUUUAGCGCCCCAGCAGGGUCGCGGUUCCCGUCGUGGGAUUUUAACGUAUUUACCACGGACACGACAGAUCUCCCCAAGUUAUUGGAAGAGAUGUACCUGGAUUUCAAGGUGGACGAGGUGCUGAACACGACCAAGCAUCGUCUACAGAACUUCAUUGUGGCCAUGAAAGAACACUACCACCCGAACCCGUUCCACAACUUCCUACAUGCCUUCUCUGUCGUCCACGCAGCCUACCUGCUGCUCAGCACAACAGACGCAGGUCAAAUGCUUCAGCCGUUGGAUAUUGCUGCUUGCCUCGUUGCGUCACUUGGUCAUGAUGUCGAUCAUCCGGGCCACACAAACGACUUUGAAGUGAAGUCUGGGUCGCAGUUAGCAAUGCUUUACAGCGACGAGUCUGUGCUGGAGCACCAUCACGCUUAUACGACAUUCCGCCUGAUCUCUAAGGAGAAGAACGCCAAUAUCCUGCAGAAUCUGACCCCUGUUGACUACCGUCACUUCCGCAAAAUGGUGAUCACGGCGAUUCUGGGCACGGAUAUGGCCAACCACUUUAAGUUCUUGGAGUCGAUCGAGAAGGUUCUUCGGCCGGCUAGUCACCACGUUGACACAACUGCGAUUUCAUCUGCUAAGCGUGAUAACUCGAGCACAGCUAUUAUUGCGGUUAGCAGCGGCGCGUCAGCAAAGGAUCAAGGGAAACAAGGACCUGCGAUAUUGACAGUGUUGCGUGAUGCUGUCAUGCAGCCAGAAGGGACUACGAUAAGUACUCCCCGUGGAACGAGUAAUUCCGCACCGAGUAGUUUCUACUCGACUGCUGGUGCGAAGUGUACUCCCGGUCGCACGUCGAGUGGGAGACUGACGAAAGGCGGCUGGGUGUUCAAUGGAACUGUCGAUGAGAGGAUAUUCCUGGUGAAGACGCUAGUUCAUGCGAGCGAUCUGUCGGGUCAAGUGUUCCCGAAGCCUAUCGCUUUGAAGUGGAGCAACAUGAUCUCGAAGGAAUUUGCGUACCAGGCACUGAUAGAGCAGGCUGAAAACAUCUCGAUCUCGUACAGAAACAUCGAUGACCCUCUGAAGAUGGUCGAGGGUCAGCUCUUUUUCGCGCAGAAGAUCGUGUCACCUCUGUGGGACCUCAUGUACAUCAUGUUCCCUGAUAUCGACGAGUGCAUGUCGAACUUGAAGUCGAAUGUUGCGCAUUACGAGCAGGAGCUGCAACGUCUUAAGGACGCGCGUUUCGAGGAGGGUGUCAGUGCUGAUAGCAUGCGUCAAAUGCGCGACGAGUUGGAGCGGCAGUAUGAGCAAGAGAAUAGCCAUGAGCAACUCAACAGGAGAACACGUCGUGACUCGAUGUGCGGCUGCGAAGACGAGGGUGUGGCAGUGCCAGGACUUGCCAGACAUAACCCUGCCAAGUUCAAUUCGUUCCGCACUAUUCCAGAGGACGACAGUAACAGCAACAGUAAUAGCGAGGUCGGAGAUGCGGAGACUGCUGUCCGGGCUAGUGUAGUAGCAGCAGCGGAAAAGUCUCGUCAGACGCGCUCAAGGGCAAGCAGCGUUAGCAGUAACAGCAGUAGCGACUUGGAGAUAGACGAGCAAUCACUCGUCGUGUAUGAAUAAAAUGACUUCUAGUUUAA